AUGGUGUCUACGAAUACUUCCGACAUUGAUACGGUCAAAAAUUUUUUACGUACACCGGAAAACGUAGACCUUUCCGAUCUAGUCAACGCCUUGGGAAUUAUGAAUGUUUCACUUGACGGCCCAAGAAGAGAACAAAGGAUUCAGACUAUUCUCGCUGCCGUACCCCUUUCUGCGUUUUUUACGCUUUUGGAAAACGUUAAUAAUAUGGUGACAUCCUCAACUUGCAAAGUUCUUGAAAAAUUAUUACAAUCUAUGAGUUAUGAGAGUAUAAGUUCUUUAGGACUAAAGGAAUACUUAACAAUUGGAUUGAAACAUGAUUAUCCCGAGGUCCGAAUUCUCGCACUGUGCCAGAUCGAAAAAUGUCUGGAGUCAGAAGAAUCUAUACAUGAUCUCGUCAAAUCACCACUUUUUUCGGCUGUUCUGGAGUGCUUGGGAUUUAAUGACAUCCCCACAUCUGUUCGAGUUUCUGAUUUUAUUGUCAAGAUUAUUCAAAGUCAAUCAGGAUAUUCCUUUCUGGAAAGGUCCGGAGUUAUAAAGAUGCUGGUCGACUCUUUGUCACAAGAUGAAGAAGACGUUGUGAUUGUUUUGAUAAAAUGCGCGGUGUUGAAGUUUUUCGGAAAAUUAUCUGAGAUUGAGACGGUAGACUUUUCCGAAGUGGAAAAUAGAUACAGACUCUUCUCCCACAUCGACGCAUAUUUCUUGAGCGAUCACCCUGACCUUAAGGCCAUAAUCCCCGCGGCCUUGCUCUCCUGUAUAAUUGUGUCUCCCCCAAUUUACUUGAUGAUUUUAUGGGCCUCUACAACAGUUCUAGUGGCGAACGAUUUUCCAACACAGGAAAUGUCCAAUAUUUCUGAACAGAUAUAUCGCAAAAUGGGAGGAAACCCGACUCCUCUUUCUACCUUAAUCACCAAUGCAAAGACAUCUCUUGAAGAACUGCGAACAACAUGUUUUGCCACUAUGCAAAAGAUAGCAAUACAUCCAUGGGGUAAGAUUGAGAUGUCGAAUUCCAAAGAGUUUAUCGAUUAUAUAGUCAAUCGUACAACAGAGUUCUCCCAUAGAGGAAAAGAGUGGAAGUUUUCUAUAAUUCAAACAUUAUGCUCAACACCUGAUGCCGAGAAUCUUAUCGCGCCCAAAACUCUAGAACGUUUGAGACAAUAUCUGCGCGAAGGACCCUUUUAUGUAAGAACUUCGGGUGCUGUUGCAUUGGAAAGCGGCUGA